GGAAGGCCGGGUCCUCUCGGCUCCGGUGGAAGAGCCGCGGAGAAGCUGGGCGGAGCUCCAGGGCUGGCGACGGGGCUGCGGAGGGGCCUGCGAGCCGCUGCUGAGCUGCGGACUGCUCGGGCGGGCGGGCGAGCGAGCGAGCUUGGCCGAAGGAGUCCGCGCGUGCUUGAGCUGAGCUGCACGCCCCGGCGGCUGCGCUGCUCGCCAGUGGCUACGUCGCGCCGGGAUCUCCAGCAUGACGGAGCUGAGGCAGAGAGCGGUUCGCGAGCCGGACUCGCCGCCUGAGGACAAGGAAUCAGAGUCAGAAGCAAAGGUAGAUGGAGAGACUGCAUCAGACAGUGAGAGCCGAGCGGAACCAGUUCCCCCRCCAACCUCCGUAGAUGACACCCCAGAGGUCCUCAACAGAGCCCUUUCCAAUUUGUCUUCAAGAUGGAAGAACUGGUGGGUGAGAGGCAUCCUGUCUUUGGCCAUGAUUGCAUUUUUCUUCAUCAUCAUUUACCUGGGACCAAUGGUUUUAAUGAUGAUUGUAAUGUGUGUUCAGAUUAAGUGUUUCCAUGAGAUAAUCACUAUUGGCUACAAUGUCUACCACUCCUAUGACCUGCCCUGGUUCAGGACCCUCAGCUGGUACUUUCUACUGUGUGUAAACUAUUUCUUCUAUGGCGAGACAGUGACGGAUUACUUCUUCACCCUGGUCCAGAGAGAGGAGCCUUUGCGGAUUCUCAGUAAAUACCAUCGAUUCAUUUCUUUUACCCUCUAUCUAACAGGAUUCUGCAUGUUUGUACUGAGUCUGGUCAAGAAGCAUUACCGACUGCAGUUCUACAUGUUUGGGUGGACCCAUGUAACAUUACUGAUUGUUGUAACUCAGUCGCAUCUCGUUAUCCACAAUCUGUUUGAAGGAAUGAUCUGGUUCAUUGUCCCCAUUUCUUGUGUGAUCUGUAAUGACAUCAUGGCCUAUAUGUUUGGCUUUUUCUUUGGUCGGACUCCACUCAUCAAGCUUUCUCCAAAGAAGACCUGGGAAGGCUUCAUUGGGGGUUUCUUUGCUACUGUGGUGUUCGGCCUUCUGCUGUCCUACGUGAUGUCUGGGUACAGGUGCUUUGUGUGCCCUGUGGAGUACAACAACGACACCAACAGCUUCACUGUGGACUGUGAGCCCUCGGACCUGUUCCGCCUGCAGGAGUACAACAUUCCUGGAGUGAUCCAGUCAGUCAUUGGCUGGAAAACAGUCCGGAUGUAUCCCUUCCAGAUUCACAGUAUUGCCCUCUCCACCUUUGCCUCACUCAUCGGCCCCUUUGGCGGGUUCUUUGCAAGUGGAUUCAAACGAGCCUUUAAAAUCAAAGACUUUGCCAAUACCAUUCCUGGCCACGGAGGCAUCAUGGAUCGCUUUGACUGCCAGUACCUGAUGGCCACCUUUGUCAAUGUAUACAUUGCCAGUUUUAUCAGAGGCCCUAACCCAAGCAAAUUGAUUCAGCAGUUCCUGACCUUGCGACCAGAUCAGCAGCUCCACAUCUUCAACACGCUCAAGUCUCAUCUGACUGACAAGGGGAUUCUGACAGCCACCACAGAGGACGAGUAGGGGCCACCCAGGGCCAGGAGAGCAGGAACAGAACUGAGUGCAGGGCAGGUCUCCAAGGCAAGCCCAGCUGCUGUGACUUAGACAAUGACAAGCUUCAACUCACUGUCUUUUUUUUUUUUGGUGGUGGGGGGGGGGUUGUUUUUUUUUUUUUUUAAUUUGUGGGUUAAAAAAUAUGUAUAUACUGUCUUUGUGUUUAUGAUUUGGAUUGUGAGUAAACUGUAGUUGAGUUGGAAAGAAGUCAUGAGGGCAAAACCAUUUGGGUAUAUUAAACAGAAGUAUUGAGCAACCCGGAAGACAGUGUUGCCCAGCUCAGGAUGUGAUCCCUGUCAAGCUGUUACUGGACCCAGUGAGAGUGGCAUUCAUCUGUGUGAACCCAUUUAGGUGGCUCUCCCACUAGUGCUGGGCACACGGCUUGGACACUUGCUGUUCUUGACAGCAUUCACUGGCUCUUCUCUACCAGUGCCUGCCUGGGAGCUGUGGAGGGUUGCCCUCUCUAGGCUGAAGGAAUGCAGGCUUGUUGAUCAGAGGAGCAUUCUGUCCACACUGAAGCCCUGCAGAGGCUGAAAGAAGCUCUGCUUUAUGUAUGGUUUCACUUCAUUUCAGACUGAAAGAAGGUUUUAGUUUUUAUUUUUAUUUUUGAAAGCAUGAAAAAUUAUUUAUGAUAGUCUGGAUAAAACCCACACUGUAAUAUUUCAAGUGUAUGCAGUAGAAGCACUGUAACUGAGCCCCCUUCCCAUGAUUUAGGCUCCAGUGUCUCCUGGAGGACAGUCCAGUGAACUUUGUCUUUUCAGGGCUGAGGCCGUUGGCAUUUGUGCUGUAGACUUGCUGCUGAGUCCUUCCUGGGGGCCCUCACUGGGGACCCUAACCGGAGGCAGGGAGAGAGGGCUUUUGGUUUGCACUCACCUYGCUGAGCACCAUGUAGCUGCUGUGUUGUGUAUAUAUUACUCUUGAGGCAAGUAUGUGUCUAUGUUUGUUCUAAAACACCCUUAUUUCUUACCAUGAUUUCAAUUAUACCAUGACUUGUUCAUUGAAUCCAUAAAGUCCUGCUAAAAACUAUGGCAUAACUAACCUAUGAGAGGCCUGGCUAUUCUGAAGAUUAAAUGUAUACUUUUUAUAUAAUGUGACCAGUUUAAAUGUAGUGUGUAUUUUACUGGGGACCUUUUGUUGUAGUUACUGUUUGUGUAAACUGAUUUAUUUUUCCCCUUCCCUACUCAUUAAGGCGAGAUGGGCUUUGGGAAAAUGAUUAGGUCUUUGGCCAAUGCACAGUCAAGCACAGGGGAGAGAACCUGGUGUACAGAUGUGUUAAAAUUAUUCCAUGGCAUGGUUGCUUUCAUUGCUAGUGACAGCAGGACUUGCUUCAGCACCUUGGUCUGGUUUGAUUUAUGCUGUGAGUAAACUACAGCUCUGAGUUGGAAAGUCACUGGGGUAAAACCAUUGGAUUUUUAAAACAAAAGUAUUGAAGAACCUGGAAGACGGUGUUGCCCCUUUUUGGAAGUCUGGUUGGUUCUGGCCCCAAGUGUGUGUGGGUUUUUUUUUUUUUU